UUAAAACUGCAACGCCUCGGUCUCAAAACGCGGGGCACUUGCAGGAAAUAUUUGGCAGUAGCUGAUCGCGCACACGUGGAGUUUAACGUUUAGGGAUUUCGCAGGCUGUUCAACUGUUCGGCGUUGGAAGAUAAACUUGAAAAUGGCCAGCUAUCACAAACCCGACGAGAAGACACUUCAGGGGCUGAAAGAUACUGCGAACAAGUUGAGGAUUCACUCCAUCAAGGCAACAUGCGCUUCCAACUCGGGACACCCAAGCUCGUGCUGCAGUGCUGCGGAAAUCAUGUCUGUGUUGUUCUUCCACACCAUGCGCUACAAAGCCAGCGACCCCCGGAAUGCCUGCAAUGACCGCUUCAUCUUGUCCAAGGGUCAUGCUGCCCCUAUCCUGUACGCCGCCUGGGCGGAGGCCGGGUACGUUAAGGAGGCGGAGCUCCUGAACUUGCGCAAGAUCGACUCUGAGCUGGAGGGACACCCGACACCCAAGCUGGCGUUUGUGGACGUUGCGACGGGCUCUCUGGGUCAGGGACUCGGGGCUGCCUGUGGGAUGGCCUACACCGGGAAGCAUUUUGACAAAUCCAGCUACCGUGUGUUCUGCCUGCUGGGAGACGGGGAGUGCUCAGAGGGCUCGGUGUGGGAGGCCAUGGCGUUCGCCUCCUACUACCAGCUGGACAACCUGGUGGCCAUCCUGGACGUGAACCGGCUGGGCCAGAGCGAGGCGGCGCCUCUGCAGCACGACAUGGAGACCUACCGCAAGCGCUGCGAAGCCUUCGGGUGGAACACGUAUGUGGUGGACGGCCAUGACGUGGAGGAGUUGUGCAAGGCCCUGUGGCAGGCCCAGCAGCUCAAGGGAAAGCCUACUGCCAUUGUGGCCAAGACCUUCAAGGGCAAGGGACUCGAGGGAAUUGAGAAUGAGGAUAACUGGCACGGUAAGCCCAUUCCCAAGGACCGUGUGGAAGGCCUGCUGGCAGAGCUCCGGAGUCAAAUCCAGACCAACAGGUCCCUUUGCCCCCAGCAGCCCAACGAGGACACGGCCAAGGCCGACCUCUCCCCCAUCAGCCUGCCCUCCCCGCCCGAGUACAAGAUCGGUGACAAGAUGGCGACCCGUCGUGCGUACGGUGUGGCUCUGGCCAGGCUUGGCAAGUCCAGUCAGCGGGUGGUGGCUCUAGAUGGGGACACAAAGAACUCCACCUUCUCAGAGACCUUCAAGAAGGCCCACCCAGACCGCUACAUCGAGUGCUUCAUCGCCGAGCAGAACAUGGUGAGUGUGGCAAUCGGCUGUGCCACACGGGACCGCACGGUGGCGUUUGCCAGUACCUUUGCCGCCUUCCUGUCCCGGGCAUACGACCAGAUUCGCAUGGCGGCCAUCUCCCAGUCCAAUGUCAACCUGGUCGGCUCCCACUGCGGCAUCUCCAUUGGUGAGGAUGGGCCCUCUCAGAUGGCUUUGGAGGACCUGGCCAUGUUCAGAGCAGUCCCCACCUGCACCGUUUUCUACCCCAGCGACGCGGUCUCCACCGAGAGGGCCGUGGAACUGGCUGCCAACACCAAGGGAAUCUGUUUCAUUAGGACCAGCCGACCAGACCUGGCUGUUCUCUACUCUCCUGAGGAAAAGUUUGAAGUGGGACACGCUAAGGUGGUGCGUCAGUCGGAGAAUGACAAAGUGACCGUCGUCGGGGCAGGGGUGACUCUGCAUGAGGCGCUGGCUGCAGCAGAUCAGCUGGCAAUGGAAGGUGUGAACAUCAGAGUGAUCGACCCCUUCACCAUCAAGCCCCUGGAUGCCACCACGAUCGUGUCCUGUGCCCGAGCCACCGGCGGCAGAGUGAUAACCGUGGAGGACCACUACAAAGAGGGGGGCCUGGGCGAGGCCGUGUGCGCCGCGGUGGCGGAGGAGCCGGGCAUCGUGGUGAAGCGUCUGGCGGUCUCCCGCAUGCCCCAGAGCGGGAAGCCCCAGGAGCUGCUCGACCUCCACGGCAUCAGCGCCAAGGGCAUCGCCGCCGCCGUCAGGGCCACCUUCGCCAACUGAGGGACACGCCCCGACCUCGCGCUCGCGCCCCCCCCCCCCCCGCGGCUAGCCCCGUCUCUGCGCUAACACUGUAAAAACUGCACUUUCAACACAACAUCUUUCCACCUAGAUUUAAAGCAAGGGGCAAGGCUUGCAUUUCAGUUUUUUUUUGUUUUUUUUCCACCGGGUGUGAAGUGGUUUGGGCACUUGCAUAGUUUAAAGCCCCUCUCUGCACACACUGCCACUCUGCUCUGGCCUUGUCACGCGAACUGCAAGCAGGGUUUACAUUCCAUUUUUGAUACUCAGUCACUGUAACGGGUUUGCAUUUCCUUUGUGCUGUGAUCCUUCGGAUCUGCGGCACACGGCUCGAUGUGGCAGCAGGUGUUUUGGAGGCGCCUGCACCGCACGUCAGGCUCGUCUGUCAGGUUCUCCCCUUUCAGAUGAACGUUUUUGCAUUAUUCACGUUUGUUCAGUUUGCUUUACUGUAAACAGGCCUGGCUUGAACUGGUGUUCAGCUUUCAUGUUGAUAUCCCUCUUUAGUGCAACCCAAAUUACCCAAAGCUGUUUUUCCCCCCCACCACGCGUGAUCAUUCUUGUUCCCAAUAUCCUCCGAUUCAUAAUAUGUAUCCCCCCCCCCCAAAUGCAGCUAUAGUUAGAUUUUUGUGACACUUUCUUUUUCUUUUUUUUUUUUACGCUGUCAUUCUGUCCGCCCCACGCCCACAAACACUUUACCAUAGAAUCUUGUCUGUGCUGUAUGGGACCUUGCUAUCCAGAGCUUUUCCCUGUAGUUACAGGCACACCUUUCCUCUGGCAUUGAAAUGUUGAACAUUUUAUUUUUAUUAAUUUUAAUUACGACAACAUUUUCCCCUGAAAAAUGUCUUUUGAAUUUAAGUGAGGAUAUUUGCAUAUUCACAAUGCUCGACACGCUUGUUGCUAGGUUUGAGUAAUGACAAUGGCCUGCCCUCCUAAUGUGAACCUGCUGAUUUGCAGUCAAUCUCAUCAUGGAGUUUUGAAACAUCCAGAAGGCUUUAGUUUUCCCUGUGUUACUGAAAGAAUCUGUGGCUGCCUGUGUGCACACUUGUUUGUUGCUGUGGUUACGAUGUAUUGAAGAUCGUAAUAAAACUGACAUGCUUAUGA